UGGAGAAAUCUAUGGCCAAUCAAAAGACAGAUUAAAAUAGAUGCUGUACUGACAGAUUUCAUGGAUUACCAUUUGGCUUUUUGUGAGAGUAAAAUCUCAUCCUAAAACGUAUUUAUAAUUUUAUAAAGAAGCACCAUAACUCCACACUGACUGUGUGUGCAGGCAGAUGGAGGGCAUGACUGGGCAUGGCCUAAAUGCUGACGACAUCCAUGGCAAAGACCAAAGAAUACCAUUUCAGAUCUUCCCUGAGCCAGUGGAGGUGGUCUUGACCCCUCAGCACUCUGUGAAUCAUGCGGAGCAGAGCCUGGAGCAAGAGAAGGAGCGGCUGCCCUCCAUUGUGGUGGAGCCCACUGAAGUGAGUGAGGUGGAGAGUGGGGAGCUGCGAUGGCCUCCCGAAAACAUUGACAUGGAUGAUGAUGAGGAGGACCUUUUCCUGGAGCAGUGCAUUCCUCCGGCAAAUAUUGCAGACUGGGGAGAGGAUGAAGAGGAGGAAGAGACCUCUGUCAUAUUCAACCCACAACCUGGACUUACUCUUAUUGAUCUUCAGUCAGAUGCAUUUCGAGAUGACACACCCACACUCCCACCGAGUAACGCAUCAGUACUCAAAUGAGUGACUCUUUCACAAAACACCACAGCCCUCAAG